AAUAAUAAAUAAAUAUUCCAACCAAACAGAAGCACCUUCUAUUGCAAAAGGAAAAAAUCUCUCUCCAUACAAAGCUUGCUUAUCGACAAACAAAAGUGAGAAGAGAAGAAAGAAAUGGAGUGUUAUAGAAGGCCAAAUAGGAGCGACAUUCAUAUGACAAUGGAGGAAGAAGUCAGAAUAGAAGCGGAGACGAGAGAUCACUUUGAUGGAUUAGCUCCUAAACGCCAUACUAAGCCUCAGCGCAGUGAGUAUUCAUCUCAAUAUGCUGAUGCGAAUCCUCUUCACCCAACUUUCACCCCUGAAUUUCUUGAGUUUCAACGCCUUCAAACUGAUCCCCAGAAGCUAAGACACAAUGGAAAAGGUGAAGCUGGUCAGGAAUUUGCAGAGACAGAAUAUUACGAGGAUCUCAACUGCAUUGACAAGCAGCAUCACACGACUGGAACAGGGUUCAUCAAAAUGGAGAAUGCAAAUGGCAAAGGAUUCACUUUGGCACCAGAUUCUGUAACCUGUUGCCAUGCCUCUUGCAAAGGAAAUCCAGCAACUAAUGAUUGGAUUCCAGCUGCAGCAGAUACAGCCACAUUUGCAUCAGACAAGCCCAAAAGGAGUGACAAUUGAUGAAGGAUAUUUAUGCAAUGUGUUAUUUUCUCUACCGCUUAUGAUCAUUCUGGGACAGUUUGUGCAUUGCUGUUGCAAUUGUCACAAUUUCUUUGCUAAGUGUGGUUCUAAUUGCAGUGUAAUAUUAUAACACUUGGAUGCUUUUGAUAUUUGAAUGUCAACAUUCUAGUUUCUAAA